GAGCCAGACGGGCCACAAGGCAGUGCUGACAGCACGAGGAGGACUGGUAUCAACUUUCCGCUUUCGGAUUCCGAGGCAGAUCAAAAAGAGAAAGCGGCUUUCACCGGUUUGCCCUGUCUGGACCCGAGAGUCCUGCCGGCGAGCUCGAGCUUCGUCCUUUCCGGGACACACUGCUCGCUCCGAGCGGGGAGACCAGGCUUUCACGCCGGAAGCGAAUCACCGUGCGUGACGUCAGAGAACGGAGGCGCCCACACUCCCGGAAGGCAUCACGUCGGCGACUGCUCUCCCUGAAGGCGGCGCUUUCCAAAACUUGCUUGCGGCUAGUAAGGACACUCGAAAGGGCGAGCUUGACUAACCGGAAGAUUUCCUUCAGUAAGAAGUGGAUCGAACAGCCCUCAGUAAACGAGUGUAGUCUUAUGUGGUGAGGCAUGAUGGCUACAAAAGUGGCUUCUAUAUCCUCAAAACCAAAGCAGUCUUUUGUACUGAGAGUUCCUCCAGAUUCCAAGCUGGGGCAAGACCUCCUUCAACAUGCCACUAGUGGGCCCAAGACCAUCCACCAGCUGGUGCUAGAGCACUUCCUUACCUUCUUGCCCAAGGCAGGCAUGGUCCAGCCCAAUCAGAAAGUGAAGGAGACCUUGGUUAUUAUGAAGGAUAUUUCAGGCCUUCAGAAUAGAGUGCAAUCUCAUCCCUUAGUGAAAUUUCUGCCCAAAGAGAGAGUCCAGCAGAAACAGGAGACAGUGUCUCUGUCUUUUAAAGCUGACUAUGAGGAGCUGGUAAUCUUUGAGGAUUUGAAUGUGUUUCACUCCCAAGAAGAAUGUGUGUGCAUGGAAUCUGCUCAGCAACCCACCUCAGAGAAGGAAGAUAACAGUGAUGUUGGGGAGAUGGUAUUACUAGUCAAUGACAGUAGUCCUGUGAGUGAAGAUCUUCAGAAGGAAGAUUAUAGAGAAAAGUCUUCAGAUAGUGAUGGAAUGGACUGUCUCUUGGUUUCUGAGCAGCCUCCAGGUUGCCAAGAAGAAAGCCUAAAUACCUCUGUUCCACAGCAAAGAAAACUGAGAAAUCUUUUAGUUACCAUUAAAAAUGAUACUCCACUAGAGGAGCUCUCAAAAUACGUGGACAUCAAUGUUAUUGCACUUAAUCGAAAUCAGAGAACAAGAAGGUGGUACACUUGUCCACUGUGUGGGAAACAAUUCAGUGAAAGUUCUUACCUUAUUUCCCACCAGAGGACUCAUACUGGAGAGAAACCUUAUGACUGUAGCCACUGUGGGAAAAGCUUCAAUCAUAAAACAAACCUCAAUAAACAUGAGCGAAUUCAUACAGGAGAGAAGCCUUACUCCUGUUCUCGGUGUGGGAAAAACUUUCGUCAGAAUUCUCAUCGAAGUCGUCAUGAAGGAAUCCAUAUAAGGGAGAAGAUAUUUAAGUGUCCAGAAUGUGGGAAAACCUUCCCAAAGAAUGAAGAGUUUGUGCUUCAUCUACAGAGUCAUGAAGCCAAAAGACCUUAUAGUUGCAGAAACUGUGGGAGAAGAUUUGGUCGACUGUCCAACUGCACCCGGCAUGAAAGAACUCACUCAGCAUCUGAGACCCAAAAGCAUAAGUGAGACCAAGACAGAUCCUGCUGCAACCCAAAAAGUUGUGUAAGGAAUUCUGAAUUCCCAGGCUGCCUAAAAAGAUACAGAUAUAUGAAAACCUCAUGAAAAUCAAAGUUGGGAUGAAUAACCAGGUUGGCUGAAAUCUCAAGGAACCAUCCUCAAGGGAUAUACCUCAGUUAGCAUACAGGCUUUUUGAACUACAGAAUUUUUUUGGUGAAAUUGUGUAACAGUAUAUAGAUCACAAAUCCAUUUUCCAGAAACACUUUGAAUGUGAAUUAGGCUUGGGGCUGCUACCUACAUUUCUAUUGAAAUAGAUAACCACAUACACACACAUACUCACACACGCACACAUGCACACACCAGAAUUUACCUUCAGAAAGGAGAAAUAAUACCACAGUCCUUAUCUAGAACUGUGGUUUCUCUGAAAGAACCAAACUACUAAUUUGUUAGGCCAACAGUUUCUAAUAACAGUUCAUGUAACCCUCUGAACACCCUGUGAUAAAGUUUUGAGUGUUGAAUUGUUUACUUUGGAAUGUAGGAAAAAUGCAGCUUUUGAAUGUCAUACUCUCAUUUGUAUGUAAUCUAAAAGUAACUAUCAAUUUGAAUAACAUUUGCAAUUUGUGAAAAUCAGCUGUUUUAUAGCAAUCCUUUUCACACCAUAAAUAUGUCUACUGUUCUUUCUGAAUUUUAUUCAGGUGUUAAUCUCUCAAACAGCUGUCUUUGCCAAGAGUUUUGGAUCAUUUAGGUCUGGCUGUCGAGUCCCACUACUGGAUAGCUCUUGAGAAUCUUGUCUCUCUGCUAAGCCAAGACCAUGGCUGCUAGAGAAUAGGAGGAAUGAACCUGAAUGCAGAAAAGAGUUGGUUUGAUGCAUGACUAAUGAACAAUCUUAUCUAUGUCUGACUCCCUUUUAUGGACUCAUCAAACCUUUGAAAAUGGAGUGUUUACUACCUCACAAAGCAGUUUUAAGGAAUUAUGUCUCUGGUGAUUAGCUCACAUUACCCCACAAGAGAUAGGAUUCCAGGUGUCUUCACUGUAGUGAGUGGUUGGCCUGAUAACCAGACCCCCUCCUGUGCUCUUUGCCUAGUAACAGAGCGGGUGGUGCCUUCACAGGUGCCCCUCCUGUGAUAUAGUUAGGAAUUCUCUGUCAGUUUGCUUGAUAUUGUUUCCUGAAGUCUUACGUUUGUAUUUUGGUUUGAAGACAUUCAUCCUAUAAACUAUUUGAGAAAGUUUAAAUCUUUAUAGAUUUUGUUUUCCAUCCAAAAACAUGCCUUUCUAUAUUAUGACAAUAUUGUAUAUCUGAGUAAAUUUUUCUAUUUUUUCAUUAAAUUUUGUGCAAUUUUGUUAUUAUGAGUAGCUUUCCCAUUAUAUUUUUCUAUUUGCUUAUUGUUCUUACAAAGAAAAGUUUUUAAAAAUAUAUUUGUGUAACUAUCUCA